AUGAAUAAUGAUGCCGAUAUUCCAACUCUUUUUGAACAUACCAGAAUAGGAGGAACUGUUUCUAUGGAUAAAUAUAGUCAAAUUUUAAACGAUAAUGAAUCAUAUUUACAAGAUUUCUCAUUCAGUGCAAGUACAAAUGUUCUCGUUGGAAUUAAUGGAAAUCAACAAACAUCAUCAUCAAUCAAUCCAGCACAAUUAAAUAUGUCACAAUCACAACAACUUUUUCAACAAUAUUUUAAUACAGCACCAACAACCAAUACUCCAUUAAAUCAAUCACAACAACAACAACAACAAAUUGCACAACUUCAAAGUCAAGUGCUACAACUAAUACAACAACAACAACAACAAUCACAAUCAACACCAAUUUCACCACCACAAAGUUUACCACAAUAUCAAUCACAAUCGUCACCAGCUCAACCACCAACAAACUAUACUGAUAAUAGUUAUAAUGUACCAUCACCAACACAAGAUUUAAUGUCAUUAUUUCAACAAUCACAAAAUCAAAAUCAAGUUCAACCAUCUCCACAACUACUACUUCAAGCUUUACAACAACAACAACAAAUUCAACUUCAACAACAAUUACAACAACAACAACAGCAACAACAACAAACUCAACAACAAAAUGGUAUUCCAUCAUUACAACAAAUUCAACAACAAAUUCAAGCAUUCCAAGCACAAAAUCAAUUACCACUCAAACAACAACAACAACAACAACAACAACAACAACAACAAAUACCAGAUAAUAGUAAUAACAAUAAUAAUAAUAAUAAUUAUAGUGUACCAAAUUAUUCACCAGUUACAAAUUUGGAUCAUAUACCAUCAUCCCCAUUAUCAAAUAAUUCAAUUCCAUCAUCUCCAUAUCAAAAUCCAAAUGCACCAUCAUUACAAAUUGAUGAGAUUGCAAUGAAUAAUUCAUUACAAAAGUUUGCUCAAACCUAUAAUACUAUUGAACAUCAACAACAACAAUUGAUGUCACAACCAUUACAUAGAGUCACUGGUAAUCUAACAAACUCUAUUGAAGAGGAUGAUGAGGAUGAUAAUGGAAAAUUAAAGAAAAAGAAAUCCAAAUCAUCACCAAUUCCAACCAGUAGUUCAGCCAAAGUGAGACCAACAUCGAGUUCACCAGUUUCAAGCUCAAAAAUGACUACCAAAUCUAAAGAGUUGACACAAAAAGAAAAGAGUUCAGAAAAGGUUAGAAAAGCAAUUGAAGAACAUAAGAAAAGACUCUCUUUACCAUACGAUAUCCCAACCAUUGAAUUUUUACCACGUGAUUUAAUUCCUGAGCCAAAUUCAGUUACCAACAAUCAUAUCAUCACACCACCAACAGUCAUUAAAUUAAAUUUACCACAAAGUAAAACCGAUUUCUCAAACUACUGGGUCACAGCUCGUUUAACUGAAAAAGAUAAAUUCAAAAUCGAUUAUACCAAAGAACACUUUGAAUGGGAUGGUUAUGCAACUUUUAACAUUAAAAUCGAGAAACCAAAGGGUAAUGAAAAAACAGAAUUCUUUAAAAUUCGUUAUGACCUCUUUUGUGAAGAUCAAGAUGGUAAUCCAUUGUAUUUAGGAAACAUUAUCUCUGACCAAAUUCGUUAUUGUUAUCAUACAAGUUCAUUACCAAAUCCAAAGAUCGAAUUCAUUUCACCAUCAAUGGUUAAUCCAUUGGCAUUGGUUCCAAAGUUAGAAUUAAAUUCUUCAUUCUUUAAACAUGGUGAUGCCCAUCCAUUGGUGGUUUUAUUCCUUGACAAACAUGGUAAACAAGUUCUUCAUCAUCAAAGACCUGCCAAAAGUAAUUGGACCUCUGAAUGGUCUAUUAAUAUUGAAACUCCAGUUUUACCACCUGGUUCAUAUAGAGUUUUCGCUGUUUAUUUAAAAAAGAAUGAAGAAAUUACUCCAUCAUUAAUUAAUAAUUUAAAUCAAGAUUUCUCUUGUAUGAUUUAUUAUUCUGAUAAUACAAUUAUUAAUUCAACAAAUUUAAUUAAUAAUUUAAAUAAUAAUAAUGGUAAUGGUGGUGGUGGUGGUAAUAAUAAUAAUGGUAAUAAUAAUAAUAAUGGUAAUAAUGAUAAUAAUAAUAAUGGUAAUAAUGAUAAUAAUAAUAAUAAUAAUAAUAAUGGUAAUAAUGAUAAUUACUUUGGUGGUAAUAAUGGUGGUAAUGAUGGAUUUAGUUUUAAUAAUUAUUCAUUAAAUGUUAAUGGUGGUAAUAAUAUUUUUUAUAAGAUUUAUAUUGAAAUUAGUAAAUGUGAAGAAUCUCAAUUAUCAAAAUAUGAAACCUAUAGAAAUAUUACUAAUGAAGUUAAUGGUGAUUCAUUGUUAAUGUAUUCAAUUUUAUCAAAUGAUUUAUCAACAUUUAAAAAGUUACUCUUAUUAAAGACAAAUAUUGCCAUCAUGAAUAAUGCUCACUUUAAUGCCUUACAUUAUGCAGCUUAUUCUUCAUUACAAAGAGAGGAAUUCUUUGAAAUAUUAAUUUCAUCAAAAGAUCAUCAUUCUGCAACUUCUUUAGAAACCUGUAUAAACACUCCAAAUCAAAUUGGUAAAUAUGUCAUUCAUAUGUUGGCCGAAAUUAAAAAUACAACUGCUAUCAUCAACUUAUUGAAUAGAUACCCAACCAUGUUCAAUAUGGUUGAUGCUCGUGGUUUCAUCGCUUUACAUUACUUUGUUAUGCAUCGUGAGGAAAUGGGCUCUUGUAAAUUAAUUGAUUUCUGGGAAAAUAAUCUCUCAACAACUAUUUCAUCACCAAAUACUGGUUUAACUUGCCAAACCUAUAGCUCCGGUAUGAAUGUUUUACAUUUAGCAUGUGCAAUGGGAAAUGUAAAGAUUGUAAAUAGAUUAUUGAAAACUCGUGCUUUCGAUUUAUAUCAACGUGACAACAAAGAGGAAUUAUGUAUUCAUAAAGCAAUUGGUAAUCAAAAAUUCGAUGUCAUUCGUUUACUUAAAUUCAUUGGCUUUGAUAUUAGUUUGGUUUUAGAUGAAAUAAAAUCUGUUCAAGAUGAUCUCGAAUCCUAUGAUGAAGAUGAAUUAGCUUUCACAAGUAGAUGUCAAUUAGAUUAUAUCACUAAAUCUUAUACUCAAAUCACUCCAAGUAUGAGAGAAUCUUCAGUUAACUCUAAUAAUACUACUAGCAACACCAGCGAUCCAACCGUUGAAGAGGAUUUAAUCAAUAGAUUAAUUAAAUUAUCACAUUCAGACUCAUCAUCUCAUACUCCAUCAUUAUCACAUUUACCAAAAUUAUCAUCAUCUUCCUCUUCAGAUACUACAACUCAUUUACUCUCAGAGUCACAAUCUUCCACUGGUGGUAAUGUUACCUAUACAUUUGGUCAUAGUACAAAGAAAUUGGAUGAAAUUCUUGAAAAAUUAGCCAACAAAAUCAAAAAAUUAGAAACUACCAAUAAAACUUUGGAACAAAGAAUUAGUCAACAAGAAGAGAAACAAAGAGAUUCAAAUGACCCAACUGAUGAAACUUAUUUAGAUGCUAUUAAUAUGUUUGUAAAAAACAACUCCAAUCAAACCUAUCAACGUAUUGAUAAGAAGACUGGUAAAACUGUUAUACUCUCUUCUGAAAGUAUGAAUGCCUUUAAAGAUAAUUGUAAAUUCCUUCCUUCAAAUAUUAUUGGUAAAAUUAUUUCUUCCACUGAAAAAGAUGAUCAAUUAAUUGUUGAUGUUGAUUUCUAUUUCGAAAAUGAACAAGCUUUAGUUUAA